AUGGAUACCCAGCGCUGCUUCGCCAACCGCUUCGAUGACUACCAGGGCAGCCUGCUCGGGGGCCAGUGCGAGGAGACGGUGGCGCCCUUGGUCACCGCCACCAUCGAGCGCAUCCUCCAGGAGAUCCCCCCGCUCGGGGGCGGCGCCGAGGCCGGCGGGGCGGCCGCGGCGGGCAGCUGCUGCCAGGGGGGGCUGUACAGCGGCGUGGCCGGGGUGGCCUACAUGCUCUUCCACGUCUCGCAGAGUCCGCUCCUGGCCGCGGCCCGGGAGCGCUACCUGCGCUCGGCCAAGCGCCUCAUCGACGCGUGCGCCCGCGCCGAGGAGUGGGGCGAACCGGACGCCGACACCCGCGCCGCUUUCCUGCUCGGGGGCGCGGGCGUGUACGCCGUGGCCACGCUCGUGUACCACGCCCUGGGCCGCUCGGACUACGUGCAGCCGCUGGCCAAGUUCCGCGCUCUGUGCGCCGUCUGCGCGCCCGUCUCCUUCCUCGAGUGCGGCUCCGACGAGCUGUUCGUGGGCCGCGCGGGCUACCUGUGCGCCGCGCUCGUGCUCAAGCAGAAACUCGCCCAGGAGAUACUGACCCCAGCACAGAUCAAAUCAAUUUGCCAGGCAAUUCUGGACUCUGGGAAGCAGUAUUCCAUAAAGAAACGGAAGCCAUUCCCUCUUAUGUAUUCUUACUACGGAACUGAGUACUUGGGAGCAGCUCAUGGCCUGUCAUCCAUUCUCCAGAUGCUUCUUUCUUAUCAUGAGCACCUGAAGCCCUCUGAUCAGGAGCUGGUGUGGCAGAGUGUGGAUUUCCUUAUGGAGCAGGAACAGAACUGCAACUGGCCACCUGAACUGGGCGAAGCCAUCGAGAGAGAGAAUGAGCUCGUGCACUGGUGUCAUGGUGCCCCAGGAAUUGCCUAUCUCUUUGCCAAGGCUUAUCUGGUUUCCAAGAAACCACAGUACCUGGAUACAUGCAUUCGGUGUGGAGAACUCACGUGGCAGAAGGGCCUGUUGAAGAAGGGGCCAGGAAUUUGCCAUGGUGUAGCUGGCAGUGCCUACGUGUUCUUGCUGCUGUACAGGCUCACAGGAAACUCUAAAUACAUCUACCGAGCCCAAAGGUUUGCUGAAUUUUUAUUUACUGAGGAAUUCAAGUCUGGUUCUCGGGUCCUUGAAAGUGUAUACAGCUUGUAUGAAGGCUUCUCUGGAACGGUGUGCUUCCUGAUUGAUCUGCUGCAGCCCAAUCAGGCAGAGUUCCCUCUCUUCAGCGUCUUUGUUUAGAAGGUUCCAUCUCCCAUUCUGGCCCUGCAGAAUGUCCCUGAUAUUUCCUGAUCACACUUAAGGCAAUUUUCACAUAAACCUCAUUAUGGUAUCACAACCAUGAGCCUUAACAUUGCCCCCUAAGGGAAGGAAGGGAGCAGGCAGGUGAAAGCAACAUGAUACCAUACUUUAGGGGAAAUAGUUUGAGAACCUGCAAAGUAAUGACACCAUAAAUCUUCUUAAACACAUAGAGAUUAAUUAUUUUGAAUAGUAGAUGUAAAUCCAGAGAUCAGAGAAAAAAGGGAAAGAGAAAUGUUUUUCAGUUAUGGCAUAGAAAUGAAAUGUGGACCAUUGGAAUGAAAUGCCAAUACUAUUGCAAUUGGAAUUUGAUCAUUUGUGUAUUCUCUCCAACACUAAAUGCAGAUACAAGGACAAAAUUAAAACCGAAAGCCAAUAACUGGAAUGUAUUGCCCAGUUGAAAAUGGAUAGGAGAGGUGAAAUGCCUGGUUUCUGAAGGACAAAAAAAAAUAAUUUUGGUUGUUCUAUGCCUUACUUACUGAAAUUCAUGAUUUUUACUGAAUGGAUUAAUUUGCAUAUGACCACUUAUUUUUUAUCAUCAACCUGGGAACAUCAAAGAGUCCAUAUCAUAGCUUAAUUUAACCCUGAAAUUCAAAAUUUCCUUCGACCUUAGAGCAUCUCAUUUCCUGUUUCCUUUUUCUUUCCUAAAGCUCAAUUAGAAUAUGAAAAUUCAUAGACUAGCAAAUACUGUAGCAAGUGUUGCUAUCUAAUGUGUUGUUCUCAAUUUGAAGUGUGAGUUGUGUAUUGUCUGUUGUUAGUAAUUUUUCAAAUGUGUGUGUAAUCCUUAUGAUGCUAUUAGCCGAACUUUAAAAUGUACUUGUGGUAAAGAUCACUCACCUCUAAGAACAGAAUAACUACCCAAAGGGGUGUUGGUUCUGCCUUUGAUGGAAUACUGUGUUCCCUAAGAUUGAGAAGCACUCACUGAAAAAGUGACCAAUGAUUGUGAAAUGAAUUUUGCUCAAUUUUAUACUGUUAGAUUAAGAAAUGAGUGAAGUCCCUGACUGCUCAUAUUACCUUCUUUUUCAGGCUCUACUAGAAAUUCUUUGCAGUAACCCAUUAAGCCAAGUUGUCAUGUUAAAUCCAACCCUCCUGUAAACAAAAAGAAGUUGUAAAAUUACAAGUAAAUUGUAGUUUUCAGGACACUGUAGGAGCAUAUUUCACUUAGAUACUCUGAAGUUUGCCCCUUUAAUUUGGUCACUGUCAAUUUGGUGUAUAAGAGAAAAUUUCAUUCUAUAUAAUACCCAUUGUAGAUGUAGAAUAGAUAUAUGCUAUAUGUAUAACAGAAUACAUAUAUGUGUAUAUAUGUAUAUAUUCUUCAUCUACCCCCCUGUAAUCCCAAAAUUAUUUAGUUCCCCAGUUCCUAAAUUCUUGAUUCAUUGAAGAACUUUGGGAAUAUCUGGGAAGGAAUAUUUGAGUGUGCAUACACACAAGUAUGUGUGUGUUGCUUGUGUGUUUGUGUGUAUAUGCCUGUAUGGUUGUGUGUAUGUCUAUGAUAUGCUCAUUUUUCUGGGAAGUGAAUAUCUAGCAUCUAAAAGAUUCUCAAAGAAUCUGUGGAUAAAGAAAGUUAAGAAUCAUCUUUGUGUAUUUUGUGACUCUUAUGUUUGCACUCAUCAGAACAAACAAGGACAAAAUGGUCUUUAAAAGUAUGCCACUGUUUAAUUUUUAUAGCCUUAGAUAUAUACCUUGGCCUCAAUUGUUUGUCUUUGGAAAUGUUCAGGUUGGGGUAAUGCCACAUGAAUAGUACUUUUUCAACAACUGUCAGGUGGAUACUAAAAGUUCUUUUGCAUAUAGUUAAGGACCUCUCACAGAGCCUUAAGGCUCAUCCUUCUACAGAGCAUUCUCCUUUAGAAAUAAGACUGGUCCUUGCUUUUCACCAUCUGGUUUUAAAUUAACUUCACUUGACCCCUGUAAAGUCUCAAGGCUAAAGGUAGUAAGUAUCUACCACAUAGGACUUCACGGAAUAUGUGUUUUUCUCAAUUGAUCCAAAGACUCAUAAUUUGGGAGGAGCAGAAUGAGAAGUCCAACCCAGGGUUUCACUUUCUAUGUAUAUUUAGUGCUCUGGACUAAAAUGUGGAGUUACAGCAGUUUAAAAAAAUUAAUAGAAGUAAUGUUCUGUUUCUAUGUGUUGAUCUUUCUACUAUUCACUUAUAAGGACUAAGACCUAAAGCACUAAGAAGAACUCAUCUAUUUCAGUAUAUCUGUUUCAUUUCUGGGAAUUUUAGAAAAAAUGGAAUAGAACUCCUUCCUAGUCAUCCUUUGUUUGUUUGUUUGUUUGUUUAGAAGGCAAACACAGCAGUGUUUGAGGCUUACUGCUGGCUCUGUACUCUUGGGGGACUUGGGGCACCAGGAAUUGAACCUGGGUCAGCUGCAUGCAAGGCAAGUACCCUACCUACUGAACUAUCUGUCUGGCCCCACAUCCUCACUUUUAAAGUCAGUAGAAUGACUAUGACGUUAUUCUAUGAUCAUUGUGACACACAAUGCUUUUGUGUUUCAGAUCCAAGCAAAUGCAAUGGUUAUGUCUUUACGAAUUGACAUCUCAGCACCUGUUCCUUUUUAUGUAAUAAGUUUCUUUUUUGAAUAAUGCUUAAUUUGGUUGCCACUUGAGGAUUAUGGGACAUUUUGUUUUGCACCAUUACUAGCAUGGACAAUAAAAGCCUGAAGAUAACAGGGAAAUGAUUAACUUUACAUCGAAGGAAUCUUUCAGCAGUGGAGAAUACUGCAUUAUACUUUAAGGAUAGGAAAUUUUGCAGAAUAUCAUAACUCACACUUAACCCAAAGUAUUGCAUAUUUAUAUUUGCUUAAAUCCUUUUUAGGCUUUUUAUUGUGGCAGAGGAUGGUUCAUUUGUAACCUGGUAACUACAAACAGAAAUUUGGUUGCAUAUUUUAUCCUGUGAUUCUUCAGGUAAUUGAGUACACAAUUAGUAUAGUUAUAUUCACUUUCUGACCAUUCAUUCUCAGUUAUGAACCCACAUUAGCAUUUCGACCAAGUGGAAUCCCUAUAUGUGAUUUCAGUACUCGGGGACUGGGAUCACUUGAUGGGUAAAAACGAAGAGCAUUUUGAGUUUUAGAACCAAUCCUAAUUGCCUUUGUUCCUCAAAGGGUUAAGAUUUACAAGAGCGUUAAUACAUUGUUGAGCUGAAGAGCUCCUUUAAAUGCAAUGUUUUUUUCUUAUUGUAAACAGAAUUUUACUUUACUAGGAGAAAAGCAGGAGAAUCAGGUCUGCUGAGUGAAAGAACUGGGAGACAUAUAGAAAUAGGUCCUUAAUUGCAUUAUAAGCCCUUCUUUUGAUGUCCAGGAUGAUUUGGUCAGUUUAGUCCCAGAUUAAUAGCUAAACAACUUAGCCUCAGAUUCACCAAAACCAUGUGAUCUGGGCAUAAACUUGGCAAGUAAAGCAGAUGAGAAAGUUCGCAAAGGGGUGGGUGGAGGAGCAGCUGGCGGCCACUCAGCAUGUCAAUGUGAGUUCUAGCUGCAGAUUUAAUGCUGCUAAGAAACAGUCCCAUCCUUACGCAUGGGUUUUAUUGCUUCCUGGGCCCUUCCUUCCCAUACUCCUCGGAUGCAGCCACUUCUUGUCCUCCUCAUCUAAAUUCUGGUAUGUCUAUCCUCUGCUUAAUCCUGUGACUUUGUUUUCCCUAGAGGGCGGGUUUUCUCCUUAUCUUUUCCAUCCAUGUCAGUUGGAAGCCAGGAGCUUUGGAUUCAGCAAAUCCGGACUGCGCUCUGGACAGAGAAGGGCUGACCUUAUGAUCAGCAGUAGAAGUCAGACCCAUUCCAUAGUCACAUUAUAGGUUGUUCAGGAAGAGUCCACUUCUUUUUUUUUUUUUUUUUUGCUUUUUUGGUCACACCUGGCAAUGCACAGGGGUUACUCCUGGCUCUGCACUCAGGAAUCACCCCUGCACUCAGAGGACCAUAUGGGAUGCUGGGAAUCGAACCUGGGUUGGCCGCGUGCAAGGCAAACGCCCUACCCGCUGUACUUUUGCUCCAGCCCCAAGGAAGAGUCCACUUUUGAAUGCACUGUGCUUGAGAAUAGAAUGGCAUUUAUCCUGCUCAUCUCUGUAAUGAAACCUGGUUACUUUAUUUGUGCUGUUGUUUUAAAAAGGUUGAUGCAACAUUAAAUAUCUGGGUCUCCUGCAGUAGCAUAAAUCUCAAAGUUGGGAUGCCCUCUUUUUCUUGUUUCUUUAAUUAAAAGUGCUAAUGAAUCACAGUCUGAUGGAGGUAAUUUGGGGUUUAAAAAUAUUCACUUUUAUUUCCUUAAAGUAUUGAACCAUGUCAUUUUCACCUUGAGUCCUCAAAAGAUGGCAAAGUCCUUUAUCUGCAGAAUUUUCUCCAUCUCCUUAUGCCUUUGUGUGUGUACCUGUUACUGAAUUUGAAAAAUUAUUUAAAAUUAAAACCAAGUCUUUCAUACUUCUGUUCUUUGGGGAGGAGGUUGCUGACCAAGUAUUAUGGUCACAAAAAGAUUAUCCUUUCUUUUCUUUGCCUUUCUGCUUCCUAUACAAUAUGGAGUAAAGAUAGACAAGGUUCAACUCUUGAGGACUGUGUAAACACAGUUUGCAAGAACUUCUGUUUGUGCCUUCCUUGGUUUUCCUUAGUUCCUAAAGGAAGUGGGGUGUGUGUGGGGGUGUGUGUGUAUUUGUGUGUAUGUGAGAGAGAGUGAGAGAGAGAGAGAAAUGUACUGACACAAGUCGAGUUAAUAUCACACAUGAAAUAAACACCAACAUUUAGUUAUAGUAAUUAGAUACAUGCAAGUGAAUGGAUAAGUUGAUAAAUGAAUGGGUCUUUCUUGUGUGUUAACUGCUCUCCUACAUUAGUAAUAUUAAUGAGGGUCCUAGGCACACUUCUAGGUAAAGUAUUCCUUUUCUUUGAAACUUCUUCUGCCAGGUUAAAGCCAUUAGAAGAAAAAAGCUAACAAAUGUGAGACACAGGUGUGAUUUUGACAUUUUCUAGUUGCCACAGAGUCAAAAAACAAGGUGAAGUUAAUUUAAAUAAUGUAUUUGACUUUACCCCGCAUAUCCAACAAACUACCAUUUCAGUAUGUACUCAAUAUAAACUUACUGAGAUACUUCAUAUUUUUUGUACUGAGUCUUCAAAGUCUGAAAUCGGUUCUCACUGCACACGUGAAGUUGGAUUAUCUGCAUUUUGUGUGCUGAGGUGCCAGAAGUGGAUAAGUCACUGUAUCACAGCCAGAGUUAAUAUAUCACCAUUGCUUCACAGUAUUGACGAACAUCUUUCUAUAGCCUAUGUAGUUUUUGUUUAACACAAGAGAAAAUAGAAUCAGAGCACUGCAUAUCAUAUGGGUAGUGCAGCAUUUCCCCAAAUAUAAAACAUUAGUACCAGAAGCUGCCAUAUGGAAAAGUGGAUUUUUGUCAUUAAAUAAGUUAACAUUUUAAAAAGCAUAGGCUUUAACCCCUUCUGAAGAUUUACAUGCUGUGUGAACACAUCACAGACUUUGAAAAAUCAACUCUCCUAGGCAAAGAAACAAGUUGGAAGUUGUUGACUUCUUUAUCAGUUGGAUUCAGUCUCCUGAUUGUUAUUGUUGCCUAGCUACCACUAUAAAUACAUAGACACUGUACAUUUAUGGUAUGGUCAUCAUAUUUGUUUUCCCCACAGAGGCAUUUUAACGUCCCUUACCCAGCCCCUUCCUUUGUUACCUCAUUAAAGCCACUGGAACAAAGGUUCUGUCCCAAAGUAUUAACUCAGUUGAAUUAGCUUGCCCUCACAGAGCCCUGAGAUUAUUCCGAGAUAAGACUUCUGAACAUUGCCAUAAAUAUCUGUACAUCAGAAAAGCCUGUGUCUUUCCCCAUUCUCCAUUCUUUUGGAGUAUACCUCUGUUUAUUCUUUGUACUCAGAAUCAUUCAAGUGCUGAGGCAUAUUUUAUUCUAGAACCACUAAUAAAGUGAAACCAGAGAUGACUUUAAUAUCUUUAUAGCCACACAGACCUUCAGAGAGCCUACCUUCAUCUCAUUCCGUCAGAAACUAUGAGCACUUUUUUAAAGAUAAGGGGAGAGACAUCUGAAUGUGUAUAUGUGUAAACAAAGAAAAUAUGGGGUUUCUAAUGUAGAGAGAUACUGUUCCUGCUGUGGUCUUCUGCUAUAGUUUGUGUACCGUAUUAAUUUACAUGCUUUGAUGUGUACUCCUUUUGUAAUAUGUGUAAAGUAACUGUGACUUAGCUGUCAGUUUAAAAACAAUACACAUUUGACAGUUGUCAAUCGUUAGCAAAUGGUCUGUUUUGCUCUUUUUGUGGUACUUCUGAUCCUAGCUGCACCCCUUUCAUUUGGGGCUUUGUGCUUAAGUGGCAAUUACCAAUGCAGUAACUUCUGUCGCUGAAUUUAGUCCAAGUUGACUGUAGUAAUCCUGAUGAGUGUAUUCAAAUACAAAGACUGAUUUAAAUGAUCUUUUUGGGGAUUUUAAGUAUUUUCAUGUUUCAGUAUUAGGCAUGUCUUCUGAAGACUGUAGCAGCAGUAGAAUCCUUUUGCUCCUGAAAAUGCAAAGGAUGCUGUGCAUUUUAUAAGGACUCUCCAGGAGUAUGAUUAUAACAAUCUAAGUACAAAAUUUUGGUUUUUCAAUCUGUCUGGUAAAGCUCAUACUCCUAAAAGGUUGUAGCUUUCCCAACUCUGAACAUGGGGGUGGAGGAGAGAGGCGGAGCUCUUUUGGGAAAGGAAAUAUGAAUUUUCAUUUCAUGGAUUCAACAGCUAAAAACUUUUUCAAAAGUGGAUUUUGUAGAUACCAAUUAAGAAAAACACUUUGCGAAGCCAUAUACAGUGGAAAAGUCAAGCAUCACAUUAAUUUUUGGAAUUUCCCAAGUAAGUAGAAUUUACUUCACCAAAAAGAUUUUUUGCACAAUUUAUAUCACUUAAAAAUCUGAUAGUAUCUUUGGAGAGAAGUUUACCUUCCUAAUUAUAUAUUUGACAAACCAGUAAACUAGUGCACUUCCCUAGUUUGGACUGGGGGUUGUGUACUAAAGAAUACUCUAUUAAUAGAAUAUAAUUGAUUAUUCCUAAUUAUAUCUAGGAAUGAAUACAUAGUCUUAAGGUACUAUUAAUUUUGAAGAACUGAUGAAUUAGUAAUAUUAAUAAAACUAUACUCUAUUAUAUUUGCUUCAACACAAGUGCAGACUUUCCAAUAUAAAAUUAUAAAAUCAGAGCACCAAUUAAUAGAGAUUAGUUAUUACUUUUAAAUUCUGCCAAUUCUAUUAGCAUUUGAUCCAAUACUAGUUCUACCUAUAUAACAAAUAUUUUAAAGUUUUACACAGAAAAUGAGGCUUCUUCAAAAAUAUCUUUUUGCCAAAAUUUUAAAAAUACAGGUUCUAUGACCUCUUGCUAAUUAUUAUAUUUCUUUAGGAACACUUUGAGAAUUUUUCAAAGAUAUCUGUAGCACGUAGGUCUAAUUUAGAGCAGAGCAUUCUGCCAGACAUUUUAUUAUAUCACAGAAAUGUUGGAAUACUGUAUUUUAUAAUAAAACCAAAUUCUCAGAUAUUCUGGCCUAUUACAUAUUAUUUUGCCAAAAGCACUUUCUAUAAAUCUGUUACUGUGUGCGUACUAUUUUUUUAAUAAUGAAUCUUUCGGUCCUAGCAAGAUAGCGUGUGACAUCAAAUUGAUCUUUACUCAAAAUCUCUUUAGGCAUUUGACAGGGAAACCAGCGAUCAUAAGCUCAAAUAUACACAUUAUUCUCAAGGACAAAACAGCCAAUACGUAAAAGACGUGGUCAAUGGGGCAAGUUAACUGGUGUGCAGGCUGAGCCUAAGGACCCGCUUGCAAGUGUUCAUCAGAUUUUAGCUUUUGUUCUUGCUUGUUCCUGGAGGGCAGAGUACUACAGUCAGUUGACAUUGCCUCCAACUUCACAUUGGUGGCUUGCUCACAGCCACUGUACGCUAUAAGGAAAUCACUUUAGAAGCAGGAUUGAGUCAGAAGCUUAAAGAUGCACCUUAUUGUUUUUAAAACUGCUGUCAACAAUGUUUGAAACACUGUGAUCUUUCCAAAUGUGUUUUGUGUAUUAGUUUUGUACUGUGGGAAAUUAUUUACCAUAAACUGGACGCUGUAGUGUUUAAUGUGAUGUUAUUUAUUGGCAUACUGCCCCUCUAUAUUUAUGUGCAGUCUACUUAUUAAUGUAAACCCGUGAUAAUCCUUUGCCUUAAAAUUAAAUCUAACGCUAAGUAUUGAGUGUGUUCUGAUCAGUAAUCCUAAGCUAUUAAUGAAUAUUUUUCCUUUAAAGCUUAAGACAGUGUCAAAUAAAAUAUUGCA